AUGGCAGAAGCAACAAAAAAGUAUGCAGUUGUUACAGGGGCCAAUAAGGGGAUUGGUUUUGGAAUAUGCAGGAAAUUGGCCUCAAAUGGGAUCAUGGUGGUGCUAACUGCUAGAGAUGAGAAAAAAGGCCUUGAAGCUGUUGAAAAGCUGAGAGAGUCUGGGCUAUCUGACCAUGUGGUAUUUCAUCAGCUUGAUGUGGCUGACCAUGCUAGUAUAUCUUCCUUAGCAGAUUUCAUUAAAACCAAAUAUGGGAAGCUUGAUAUAUUGGUCAACAACGCGGGGAUUCCUGGAGCUAUAAUUGAUGGUGAUGCUUUAGCUGAUUCAGGUAAUGAUAUGGUGUUCUUCUUUGCAAUUAUCUCUGCGUGUGAGAUUGAAAGUUUGGAUUUUUACUCAGAUUAG